ACACGUCUACCUUCCACAUCUGAACAGAAUCGCAGAGCCAGAGCACAAAGUUCUUGCAGUCUUUGUAGGCCAAGUGGAACUGUGCUGAAGAUGGGCCCGAUAGGUGCAGAGGCGGAUGAGAAUCAGACAGUAGAAGCGAAGAUAGAAUUACAUGGGCCGGGACACACCACUCCUAGAGGUGAGAUGGCCUCUGAUCCUGAGCCUGAACUCAUAGACAGCACCAAGCUGAUUGAGGUGCAGGUGGUCCUCAUAUUAGCUUAUAGCUCCAUCAUCUUGCUGGGGGUAGUUGGCAACUCUUUAGUGAUCCACGUGGUGAUCAAAUUCAAGAGCAUGCGCACAGUAACCAACUUUUUCAUUGCCAACCUGGCUGUGGCAGAUCUUUUGGUGAACACUCUGUGCUUGCCAUUCACUCUUACCUACACCUUAAUGGGAGAGUGGAAAAUGGGUCCUGUCCUGUGCCACCUGGUACCCUAUGCUCAGGGCCUGGCAGUACAAGUGUCUACAAUUACCUUGACCGUCAUUGCCCUGGACCGUCAUCGCUGCAUUAUAUAUCACCUAGAGAGCAAGAUCUCUAAGCGAAUCAGUUUCUUGAUCAUUGGUUUGGCCUGGGGCAUCAGUGCCCUGCUGGCAAGCCCUCUGGCCAUCUUUCGGGAGUACUCACUGAUUGAGAUCAUCCCUGACUUUGAGAUUGUGGCCUGCACUGAGAAGUGGCCUGGGGAGGAGAAGAGCGUUUAUGGUACAAUCUACAGUCUUUCCUCCUUGCUGAUCCUGUACGUUUUGCCUCUGGGUAUCAUAUCUUUCUCUUAUUCCCGUAUCUGGAGUAAAUUAAAGAACCAUGUCAGCCCCGGAGUUGCAAGUGACCAUUACCAUCAGCGAAGGCACAAAACAACCAAAAUGCUGGUGUGUGUGGUGGUGGUGUUUGCAGUCAGCUGGUUGCCCCUCCAUGCUUUCCAGCUUGCUGUGGAUAUUGACAGUCAAGUCCUGGACCUGAAGGAGUACAAACUCAUCUUUACAGUGUUCCAUAUUAUUGCCAUGUGCUCCACCUUUGCCAAUCCCCUCCUCUACGGCUGGAUGAACAGCAACUACAGAAAGGCUUUCCUCUCAGCCUUCCGCUGUGAGCAGAGGCUGGAUGCCAUUCACUCAGAGGUAUCCAUGACCUUCAAGGCUAAAAAGAAUCUGGAAGUUAAAAGGAACAACGGCCCCACUGACUCUUUCUCAGAGGCUACCAAUGUCUAAGAAGGCAGGUGUGAAAAACUAUGGAUGAAUUCCGACCAGAGCUGUCAAUCUGGUUAGGGAAGGUUCGCUUGCCAGUGCAUGCAGACCUCCCAUUUUAUGGACUAAAAGGCAUCUGAAUAAUAAUACAAUUCCUGGAAAACUGGCUGGCAGAGCUGAGUUGAAAAUUAGAAAAUUCAAAGAUGAGGUGACACAAUGGUUUGCUUACUGAUGCUCAGACGCUAGGUUAAAAUGUGAAGAAAAGAGAUAAAUACUUUUGACUGUU